ACCCCCUUCCUUCAAUCCUGCCCCUUAAAUCUGCGUUCGGCUACCAACACUUAAGAACUUCGACAUGGUCAUGAUGAGAGGCAACAAUGUGACCUUGACGUUAAUACUCGUAGUUGUGGGUCUUCUUGCCAUGGAGCAAACCCAGCAAGUGCAAGCAUCCCAUUGUUGUUGUCAUCUAGACUCGGUCCUUACCUAUUUUGACUGUCGUGCCAAAUCUGAUAGCACCGUCUCAGAGUGCUGCGGUGUUUCUGCUGGCUACAUAUCAGACGACGCUGGAUAUGAAUGCAAGUCCGGUUAUAUAGAUAUAGAGACAGCACUGCAAGCCGUCAACUACUGCAUGCUGGGGUGCAGGACUUCCUUGUGCAACAAAUUAACCGCAUCUGUUGCUGGAGGUACCGAUGAUGCAAUGGAACGAUGCACCGGUGGAUGCCACGAUCUAUGCACCAGGAAUAACGCCGAAGUUGCAACAGCCCGUGAUGUUUAACUAGUUAGCCAAGGAGCUGCAUCUCAAAAGCCUGCCUAGGAGUUUUGAUGCUGCCUUCAAUAAUUGGAUAUCACAUCCAGUUCAAGUAGAUGUCAAAUGUUACUUGUGUUUCAAUGUUAGUACUUCCAAUAAUAUCAUGAGAUGUACCAUGCAUCUUCCUGCGAGGAUGUUUAGUGUUCAUCCUGUUAAAUGUUUAUGUUGUAUCCUUGACAUACGGCAUGAUGACUUCAUGCUUUUAAUGAAAUCUUGUUUAAUUUGCAAAUUA